AUGGACGCCGAGACGGCCAGGUCGCUCUCACUCUUCAGGCCUCUAGUCGGAGUUUUGCACAGGGCCUCGUGCCGAAUCCACUGGUUCGCACCGUGCCAAUCGUCCGGCGGUAUUGGCGAUACGAAGGGUGAACUGAACUGCACGCUGACUCGGACCGCUCUUGUAGGCUACCAGCGCAACUCGUGUGGCUACUGCAAAUCCGACAACGGCAGCGCCUCGUACUAUGCUAGCUCUGUCGCCGUGCGGCCGGAGCAUUAUGAGAUCCUCGUCCGCCGCGGAUGGCGCAGAUCAGGUACCUUGUAUUACAAGCAGAACCUGCAGCGAUCAUGUUGUCCCCAUUACACGAUGAGGCUGGAGGCAUCCGAGUUCAAGGCCAGGCGCGAUCAACGCAAAGCCAUCAAUCGCUGGAAUAAGUAUGUGCUGGGCCAGGAGUAUAUUCAAAAAGUUGCCAUGCUGGCCCCGAAGAGUCGAGAUGAGAAAAAACGAGCAAAGCAAGAAUUUGACCUCGUGAAAGCCGUCCACGCAUCAGAGUAUUCUUCUUUACAACGCCCGCUCGACCCCAAGACCAAGCGACCCAUCGAGCCCGCCCAUAAAUUCGAGGUGACAAUCGAGGGCGACUCUGUAUCACAGAGAAAGUUCGAUGUGUUUCUUAAAUACCAGAAGGCGGUGCACAACGAGUCGACCGACCGAUGGAAGACAGCAGACUUCAAACGUUUUCUCUGUUCAGGCCUGAAACGCAAUGACCCCAAGCAGGGCUCUGACGAGAAGAAGCUCGGGUCUUGGCACCAAUGCUACCGUUUGGACGGCCGCCUCAUUGCUGUUGCUGUGCUGGAUCUAUUGCCGGACGGCGUCAGCUCAGUAUAUUUAUUCUAUGACCCGGAAUUUGGCGACUGGGAGUUUGGAAAACUGAGUGCAUUACGUGAAAUCGCAUUGGCUACGGAGCAGAAGUACAAAUAUUACUACAUGGGUUACUACAUCCACUCAUGCCAGAAAAUGCGGUACAAGGCCCUCUACAGACCGCAGUACAUACUUGACCCGGAAAGCAUGACCUGGGAUCCCCUUGACGGCGAAUUGUGUCAAAAACUCGACAAACGCAGUUAUGUCUCUCUCUCGCACGACCGCACUCACCCAGACGAGAAAAAAGACGACCUCCCCGAACUGGAUAAUGAAGAAGAACUGUCCCUUUUUGAUAUUGACAUGCCCGGCGUUAUGACGGCCACCGAAGUGUUAUCCAAGAUAGACCUUGACCAUUGGCUGCUGCUUGUGCAUGGUACAUUCGUGCAUAUGAUUGAUUUAGUAGGAUGGGAGGAUGCUGACAUCAAGGAUGCACAAAGUGUCAAGGGGAUUGUGGGCGAGCUGGCGGCGGUGCUGGGGGAAGAGGUUGUGCGGAACAGCGGGUGUGUGCUUUUUGACUAG